GGAUCGGUGACGUACUGCUGGGACGCAUGCCCCGUGCGCACUGCGCGUCCUGGCCUGUCAGUUGUAGCCAGAUGGAAACGUAGGCAAGUGAAUUUUGGUGAGGUCAUGUAUUUUUAAGCCGCACAACGGAAUAAACCAUCCUUUACCGGCGGCAUAAACAAUUAGUCCGGAACAUUUCGCCGCAGAUCACACCAAGGCGGGAUCGAUAGUAUCGUUUGAUGACAGAGAGGACAUUUUUGGAUGCACAGAGAGAAAUAAUAGAAGACCUCGCCAUGAACAAAAACAAGAAAGAAAGAGAGUUCUACAGCCUAGAUGUUGGGGACUCAACGUUUACAGUACUCAAGCGAUACCAGAACCUGAGACCCAUCGGCUCAGGAGCUCAGGGAAUCGUCUGCUCUGCCUAUGACCAAAACCUGGAACGAAAUGUUGCCAUCAAGAAGCUGAGUCGGCCGUUUCAAAAUCAAACCCAUGCCAAGAGGGCGUACAGAGAGCUAGUCCUAAUGAAAUAUGUCAAUCACAAAAAUAUCAUCCACCUAUUAAAUGUAUUUUCACCACAAAAAACAUUAGAAGAUUUCGCAGAUGUAUACUUGGUGAUGGAGCUGAUGGAUGCUAACCUGUGCCAGGUCAUUCAGAUGGAACUGGACCAUGAGAGGCUGUCCUAUCUGCUCUAUCAGACAUUGUGUGGCAUCAAACACCUGCAUGCCGCCGGAAUCAUUCACAGGGACCUGAAGCCUAGCAACAUAGUUGUCAAGUCAGAUUGUACACUGAAGAUUUUGGACUUUGGCUUGGCUCGGACAGCUGCCACGGGCCUCUUGAUGACACCGUAUGUGGUUACACGCUACUACAGAGCCCCAGAGGUUAUCCUGGGCAUGGGCUACCAAGCAAAUGUGGAUGUAUGGUCAGUGGGCUGCAUAGUGGCCGAGAUGAUCAAGGGGUGCGUGUUGUUCCCCGGCACUGAUCACAUCGACCAGUGGAACAAGGUAAUUGAGCAGCUGGGCACUCCAUCUCAGGAUUUUCUAAUGAAGCUGAACCAGUCAGUACGAACGUACGUAGAAAACAGGCCACGCUAUGCUGGGUACACCUUUGAGAAACUCUUCCCAGAUGUGCUCUUCCCUGCCGACUCUGAUCACAACAAACUCAAAGCGAGCCAAGCCAGAGAUCUUUUAUCCAAGAUGUUGGUGAUCGAUGCCUCCAAGCGCAUCUCCGUAGAUGAGGCCCUGCAGCACCCCUACAUUAACGUUUGGUACGACCCAGCCGAAGUGGAAGCGCCCAUUCCAAAGAUCCUAGAUAAGCAGCUGGAUGAGAGGGAGCAUACCGUGGAGGAGUGGAAAGUGCUAAUUUAUAAGGAAGUGAGUGAGUGGGAGGAGCAUAAAAGAAAUGGUGUGAUAAGAGGCCAGCCUCCUCCUCUAGGUGCAGCAGUGAUUGACAGCCCCCCUCAACCCACGUCAUCCUCCUCUUCGGCCAACGAUGUCUCGUCCAUGUCCACAGAGCCCACUGACCCUAGCAGUGACCCCACCAUCACCUCUGAAACAGACAGCAGUUUAGACAGCCACACCUCUCUGGGUGCGCUGGCCUGCUGCAGAUAACACACGCAUACAAUCCACAAACACACACACACACCUACACAAAAAAACCAACCUUUCCUCAUCAGUGUGUGUGAUGGGAGAGGGUUUAGGCCAAUGGAACUUCUCAUGUUAGUUUGUAGAGCUGAGCUUUUAAUGUACAGUUUGUUUUUAUUUCCCCUCCCCCUAUACUACUGUAAAUGACUGUGGUUUGAAAUUGUAUCAUUAUAACUGUAUUUUUGCUGCAAAGAAGAGAGUAUGUUUUGAUGUGAAUCUGUGAUGUAUGUGAUGGAAGAGAGGGAUUCGACUGUACUUUACUCAUUGCUGUUUUUUUUAGCUACUGCUACACAGUUGAAAACCACAUUGUUAGCACUGCAAUAUUAUGUUGAGUAUAUUUUUUGAAUUGUUCAUUUGGCAUUUUUGUAUUGUUUUGGGACAUGUGAAUGAAUCUACACCAAUUCUCUUUUUUAACAGUAGUCUAUAGUGCACUUCAUCUUGAAUCAAAACGCAGAUGAAUGAUUUUUUUAAAAUAUUUUCCCUCAUCUUUCUUGUAGAAAGCGUCCUUUGGUGUAUCCACCUUAUUUCUUAGUAUUACGUCACCUCUGAUUGUGUGCAUCUUGACAAGCAGUCAAAUGGUCUAUUUCCCUGACACUGAAUUUCUUUUUUACUAUAGCAUACUGUUAACUGACUGUAUUUUAACUUAUGUAGGUAGAUGUAACUUGUAGGUGAUGGUCUGUUGGAUGAGGAACAACAGGGUGAAUGUAAGUGAAUAUAAAUGUUGCUUAGUGAGGAGCCAGUGAUUACUGUUAGCACUGUAACAAUUUAAUAUAGUCCACUCCACUGGCUAGAAUGAGUUCUGUAUUUGGGACUGUCACCAGAAACUAAGUCUAAAUCACUUUCAGACAUUGGUCACAGCUGUCUGAUAUUUAACAUGUUUAAUUUAAGUGCCCUUACUCACUUCAAUAACUUUUCAGUCCUCUUUGUUGCAGAUGCUCCUCUCUUCUGUGGUGCGUCUUUCUGAGUUCUACCUCACAUGCACACAUGUUUUUUGAAGAUGCAUUAUGUAUAUCACGGCACACAUCAUUGGAAAGAACACAAGAUCCAUAUUUUUUCUUUAUUUGCGUUAUUUAUUUAUUUAUUUCAAGCUAGGAGGCGUCUAUUGUAUGUAAUGUACAUUUAAUUCAGAACUACUAUUUAUAUGCAUUUUUGUUUCAUUUUUUGUUUGUUUUUCUGUGCAAUAUACUUCAUAGAUUAAUAUAGUCAGUGAUUGAUCUGUACAUUUUACUGGAAAUGUAUGUAUGUUUUCUGAGGCUCAGGAAACUGCUACUUGCCAUGGUAACCUUUGGAUGUAUAUGAUGGCUGAAAUUCCCAACCUGUCCCUUUGCUCUUUUCAUAGUUGGGCACUCCAGGCAGUGACCCAUAGCAUCAGCUCCCAGAAUGCACUUUGGGGAUUGUGACGCAUGUCCUUACCCCUUUCUAGGCCACAUCUCAACUGACUGUUGUGACUUCCUGUUUUUGUCAUUUUCCUCUUCUCCAUUUCCUCAAAAAUAGAAAAAGAUAGAAUAGAAUACGCAUGAGUUUUCUCUGAGCAAAUCUGGCUUUAGUGCAGGUACAUUUAGAGGAAAGAUGGGAAUUCGGCACCACUGGGAUGAUGUUGCAGUCUUCUGAUGGGUUGGCCAAAUACUGACAGCAAAGAGCUAACCUGUUGUAGUGUGUUUAGAUCAGGCCAGUUAUGUAAAGUUAAGCCUUUUGAUCUGAAAUUGCCUCACUAACAGACCAAUUAUAUACAUCAGAAAUGGAAACUGUCUACCUUCAACUCCAACAAAUAAAAGAGUUGAAUUUU